AUGGCGUACCAACAGCUACCCAAGCUGCAGCAAAACGUUCAAGUUGAACCACUGGAUGAACGCUACAGCCCCCCGCCGCUGGCUCACCACAGUAUGGAAGAUGUGCGCAGCUUCGAAUACGAGCAGCCAAGUCCACAGUCUAGUGAGCCACAAAGCAUCAGGCACAAAGCGCACUGGAGCUCGUCGACCCAUACUACUGCCGUCACUUCAGAGACAUCUAGUCAACAGUCUUCUCGCAAGCCAUCCCGUGCUCGCACCUGGGUAUUCGAGAUGAUGGCUAUUGCCGUUGCUCUGGGCGCUGUUGGCUCCAUCAUCGGAGUCGUAUUUCGUUACAACGGACAAGCUUUACCAGACUAG